AUGAAACAACCAAACAACAGCGGGAACAUGUUUGUUACUUGCGCCGCCCUGUCUCCUGUUUGGCGGUACUCGAGUGGAUUUACGUCUGUGCCACUGUUGCAUAGAGCGCGGUGCGCCUCGGCAAGGCUGGCUCGUAAAGCGCGGACCACACGCGGGCGGAGGUGUGAAGGCAGCGCCCGCGCCCCGGGGGCCCGUCGCAUAACUCACGAGCAGCGGGGCGCCCCGGCCAUUCAUAUCUACCUGCGCGAUUCGGCUGCCGACGCCGCGGCCUGUCGGUGCACCGACGGGACCAGACACACUGUCUGCCGCGCUCACGAAACAACGGCCGGCUCAUUUACCCUGAUCAGUGGCCUGUACCGAUCGAUUUUAUUGGGAAAUAUGGACAGUUACCGAGGUCCCGACGGUCGUACGGUAACGCACACGCUCGACGGGUAUCGGAUCGCA